AUGCCGGUGAAGUCGCUCCACGCGGAUCUCGACAUCCCAGACCUAGACUUAUGGACCUAUCUGUUCGAGAGGAAAGACAAGCCAUUUCCUGAUGACAAAGCAAUCUACAUCGACCCCGACACAGGCCGCUCCUACACCUGGGCGCAGACCAAAGCCGCGGCCACCGCCUUCGGGCGCGGCCUGCGCGCGCAAUGGGGUUUUGGUAAGGGCGACGUGCUGGGCUUCUUCUCGCCCAACAGCGUCGACUACGCGCCGGUAUUCUUCGGCGCCCACUGGGCCGGUGGCUGCGCCUCGACCGCCAACCCGGUCUACACGGCCUCGGAGCUGGCAUUCCAAAUGAAGGACUGCGGCGCGAAAGGGAUCGUUACGCAGCUGGCCCAGCUGCCAGUCGUCCGCGAGGCCGCCGCCGCCAUCGGGUUGUCCGAGGACCGCAUCAUCCUGCUCGGCGACGGGCGGGACCCGAGUGGGCGGUUCCGGCACUUCACUGAGAUCCAGCCGACAGGGCUUCUGAGCGGGUUGACACGACGCGCGACCGUCGACCCGGCGCGGGAUGUUGCGUUUCUGGUGUAUAGUUCCGGCACGACGGGGCUGCCGAAGGGCGUGGUACUCACGCACCGCAACAUCGUGGCUAACCUCGCGCAGCUCGAGUUCAUGGACAGCCGCUUCAACGGCCUGCACCACGCGGGCGGGCCCGACGGCCAGGGCGACAAGCAGCUCGCCAUCCUGCCCUUCUUCCACGUGUACGGGCUGACGUGCAUAGCGCUGGCCAGCAUCCGCAUGGGGCUGCCCGUGAUCAUCCUGCCGAAGUUCGAGCUCGAGCGCGCGUGCCGCGCCAUACAGGACCAUGGCGUCAGCUUCGCGUCGAUCCCGCCGCCGGUCGUGCUGGCGCUCGCCAAGCACCCGGCUGUCGGCAAGUACGACCUGUCGAGCGUCAAGUGGCUGAACUCGGGCGCGGCGCCGCUGGGACGUGAUCUGGUGGACUUGGUGUGGAAUCGUUUGAUGAUCCCCGUGAUGCAGGGCUACGGGCUGUCCGAGACGGCGCCGACGCUGACCAAGGGCGUCGUGGCCGACUGGAAGCGGUACAACGGAUCCGUUGGCAAGCUUUUGCCUAACAUCGAGGCGCAGAUCGUCGAUCUGGCGGGCAACGAGCUGCCGGCGGGAGAGGAGGGCGAGCUCUGGGUCCGGGGGCCGAAUGUGUUUCCUGGAUACCUCAACCGGCCCGAGUUGCAGAAGGAUACGUUCAGCGAGGAGGGGGGAUACUUCCGCACGGGCGAUAUAGGGUAUUUUGAUGCGAAGGGAAACUUGUAUAUCACGGACCGGCUGAAGGAGUUGAUCAAGUAUAAGGGAUUCCAAGUAGCCCCCGCGGAGCUCGAGGGCCUGCUCCUCGGCCACGCCGAGAUCGCCGACGUCUGCGUGAUCCCGGCGCACGACGCGCAGCGCGAGACCGAGGUGCCGCGCGCGUACGUUGUCCUCAAACCCGAGGUCGCGCGCACCGACGACAAGGCGGCCGAGAUCGCGGCCUGGCUCGACGGGCGCGUGGCCCGGCACAAGCGCCUGCGCGGCGGCGUGCGCUUCGUUGACGAGGUGCCCAAGAACGCGAGCGGCAAGCUGCUAAGGAGGGUGCUGAAGGAUGCGGCGAGGAAGGAGGACCGGGUCACCGAGGGGGCGAAGUUGUGA